CUUAUAGAUAUGAUUUUCACAUAUGUACUAUGCACAAUCUAUUGUCAUUUUAUUAUUUUCUUGUAAGUUUCGCAUAGGAGAUCAUUAUAAGCUUAGAAUACUCAGAACUCAGGAGAAUAGAAGGAUAUAGCAUUUUUUUCUUCUUCCAAUGAAGUACCAAAACAUUACACUUUUAAAAUCGAAACUACCACUCAAACAUCUUAAAUUUGAUCAUAUUGAUAACGUUCUAAACUGAAUUAUCAAGCAAGAAAACAUAUACACAUGGAAACCUUUAUCAAAAAAAAAAAACAUAUACAAUGGAAAGAACAAAGAAAGACGAAUGCUAAAGCACAAAGACUGCUUUACAACAGCACAUAUUGUCGGCAAAGCAUUAAACUGUGAAGAAGAUAAAAUAAAAUCUUCCCCUUGGCAAAAAAUAACAAACAGAAAAACAAAAGUAAAUAAACUAAAACAUUGAAUAAUGGAGAUAAAAUAAAACGCAGCUUAUCAAGAAUCAACACAAGACAAACAUGAUAAAACAAAGUUUUUCCAAUUUAAAGUGAGACAAAAAGUAGUGUUUUAAAAUUCAAUGUUGGAAAAGUGAAGAGUCCCUACACAAGCAUCUUGUGGUUGGAGAGGUAUGGCCAAAUGUCACAAUAAGCACUCAAGGAUUCAUGAAAUUGGAUAAGCUCUCAAGACUCACUUGGAAAAAAAAUAUGAAGAGAAACGCACUUUCUUGAACAAAAGUUAUUAGUCUCCCAUUAUUAAAUUCUCAGUCCCCACUCACUAAUCAGUGAGCAUCUCAUGCUGUAUAUAAGACCACAUUGAAUUCCCCAAAACUUUAAGCAAAAGAACCUGACAAGCUAAGCAAAACAUAAAGAAGAGACUUUGGUCCAAAGCUCAUCAAAGAGUAAAAUAUGUCUGCAAAUGAGUUACCUUCUUCUUCAGCUCAAGCCUUCCAAGAGCAAUCCCUUGGAGGUUUUGUCUCUAGAAAGCUGCUUCUCCACAACCCAUUUGACCACAACACUGAACGAGCCUUUGCGGUUGCACCAUCUACUCUCAAUUCCCAUGAGAACAAUCUCAGUGGGAAUGUCCUGAUGCUUCUAUCAGUCCUCAUCUGCGGCAUCAUCUGUUGCCUCGGGUUACAUUACAUCAUUCGUUGUGCAUUCAGACGUACUUCAAGUUUUAUGAUCUCCGAUCCGAUCUCUGGUUUUUCAACAUCACGAGAUUCAUCAGACAAAGGGAUCAAGAAGAAAGCUCUUAGGAUGUUCCCAGUUGUGAGUUACUCACCUGAGAUGAACUUGCCAGGGCUUGGUGAAGAGUGUGUUAUUUGUUUGUCAGAUUUUGUUUCCGGUGAACAGAUUAGGAUGCUCCCUAAGUGCCACCAUGGGUUCCAUGUUCGUUGCAUUGACAAGUGGCUUCAACAUCAUUUCACUUGUCCCAAAUGCAGACACUGUCUGGUUGAGACAUGCCAAAAGAUCUUAGGUGACUUCAGUCAAGCUGAUCAAGUGGUAGCAGUACCAACAGAGAGCGUUAUCGUCAGGAUUUCUCCUCUAGAACCUGAAGGAAGAGUAAGCACUUUAAGAGAAAGCAGCUAGAUGCCAAGAGAGGCAGAAACCAUCAAAAGUUCAGAAUUUGUGCUUUUUUAGUUAGGUAGGAGAUUUUUAGAUCUGAUCACAAAUCAUGUCUUUAGCCACUUGAGAAAAAAAAGAAAUCACUCAGGAUAACUCAAUUCUUUUAUGUCUUUCGUUUUUGCCUGUAACACAAAGUGUAUACAGAGAGAAUAUAUCUCACGAGUUCAUCAAAGUUCUUUUUGCAAAGAUAUGUUUUACAGUGGAAUGUGAAUUAUGCUUUCUUA